UCCGUUGCUGCUUGGAUUUUAUACUCUCGGAAAUUUGGUAAUUUUGUUUUGAUAGUCUGAUUUUCUGCUUUAUAGUGCUUGUCUGUGUAGAGAUUAGUAAUGAAGGAUGGUGAUGGGCCGUCAGGUUUGGAGAAAGAAGAAAAGGGGAAGGCAAAAAAGAAGGAUUCCGGAGGGUAUCGAUGCAUGGUGAUGCAUUGUUCGUCGACUUAUGCAACCACUACUGUACAUACGAUGCCAGGGCCGAUGCCUCGACCUGGAGGUACCGGUAGGUUUAGCUCCUACCAAAUGGCAUGGAUCAACUUUAUCAAAAGACACCGUGUGUUCGACCACUCAUGGUUGAGACAUAUUCAUGUGUGUAGCCUGCAUUUUGAUCAAUCACAAUAUGAUCAGACACAGCUCAAAAUGUUUGAACUGGGACUACGUAAAUUGCCUCCGAAGCUGCUGGCAAAUGCCAUUCCCCAUAUCUACAAUCCUACUGCUGACCCUGCCAGUGGCAGUGGACAUGGACACCGUGAUGGCACCCUUCUACAUGUAUCUCCUAAAGUGAGAUCUAACUUUAGUACUUCAACAUUGGCUAGCCCUUCAUGUCCUUCCGCUAAUGUUGUCCCGUCUGCCUCAUCAUCAUUGGAUGAUCAGGACCCAGAUAGAUCAUCUACAUUUGUUGGCCUUGAGCAUGAACAUGAUGGUGAAGACUACUCUCACUCUCAGACUCCAGUGAGCGCAGUGUCGGCACCGCUGGAGCCAGUGGCUGGAACUGCAACUUCGCCGACCUCUCAGGAUGUUCGUAGGAAACGACAACGAACUUCAUAUAGCCGGAAGAAAGAGGUUGUCGAGAUAACCGAGGAGUAUACACGGAAAGAUGAUGAGGAACGAGCCUCGGCACGUACCAAAGAUAUUCUUGGGCGUAGUAAAGGUUUCCAGUGCUCGGUGAAGAUGGUUCAUCGGAGAGUUGGCAUUCGGAAACAGAGGCGCACCUGCAAAGUGCAAGUAAAGCCCAUCACUGUGUCAAAGGGAAAGCAAGUGAAUUUUCCGAAAGAGCGUGCAGCAGAUCUUUGUGAUGCAGUCACACAGACUGAAGGAAUUUUUGUGUUGAAAGCAGCCAACCAACAUGUUGAAAAAGAAGCAGUGGAUGAUGUCGAGGAUGAAGCAACGGACGAUGAACCAGCAGAUGAUGAACCAGUGGAUGAUGAGACCAAGGACCCCACAUAUAUUCCAGGUGAAGAGACCAACUCACCACGCAAAGAAGGGCAGUCAAGAUCUGAACCAAAGAGCCCUUUAAUGCAGGAGAAGUUUAUCGUGUUUGAGAGUAACCUGAUGGAGCUCUUUGAAGUAUGCAUCUCUUGCCUUUCUAAGAAUGUGCAUGUGGAAAAAGUUUCUUCACAAUCUUUAGGAUCUGCACUGAAAGUUGUGACAACCUGCCUAGACUGUGGUCUUCGCCGGGAAUGGCUCAGUCAGCCAAAGGUUGGUGACAUCUACGCGGGCAACAUGCUUUUGUCUGGUGCUAUUCUGUUUGGAGGAAGUAGUCCCACUAAAGUGCUUCGUGUCUUGCGACACAUGAAUGUGAAGGCCAUUACAGUGGAAACAUUCAUGAAACACCAGCGAGAGUACCUUCAGCCAGCAGUCAUCAGAGUAGCCAAGAAGGAGCAGAGGAAGCUGAUCAACGAAAUUCCAGAAGGGGAGCCUCUCAUCCUUGGUGGUGAUGGGCAGUCUGAUUCUCCGGGCCACUGUGCAAAGUAUGGAUCGUACACCUUGAUGGAUCUCAAGAGGAACAAAAUCUUGGAUGUGCAAUUGGUCCAGAGCAAUGAAGUUCGCAAUAGCAAUGCGAUGGAGUUGGAAGGUCUGGCAAGGGGACUCACUAGUCUGAAGGAGAAGGGGGUCAAUAUACGUAUGCUGGUGACUGAUAGGCACCUCCAAGUGGCUAAAUGGCUCCGAGAGAAUUAUCCUGACAUCAAUCAUAGAUAUGAUGUGUGGCAUAUUGCGAAAGGUCUGAAGAAAAAGAUCAUCGCAGUGUCCAAGCUGAAAGAUUGUGAAGUUGUUGGCAGAUGGAAGCGGUCCAUCAACAACCAUGUUUAUUGGUGCGCCUCAUCAACCCCAGAUGGUGAUGGAGAGGUCAUGGUGGCCAAGUUCAAGUCUAUCCUAAAUCACAUGCGGAACAUACAUGAAAACCACAGUGACGUCUAUCCUGCAUGCUCUCAUGGAGAGAAUCAUGGACAAAGAGAGUGGAUGAGGCAAGGUACGAAACCGUUUGAAAAGUUGUCUGAGGAACUAUCAAAAACCAGACUGUUGAAUGACAUGAAGAAAAUGUCUCCUGUUGACCAGACCAGUUCAGUCGAGGCCUUUCAUAGUGUGAUGCUCUAUUGGUGUCCUAAGAUGCUGGCCUACUCAUAUGCCGGGAUGAAGUGCAGAUUACAUCUUGCCGCCUUGCACUGGAAUGAGAAUGCUGGUCGAAGUCAUGCAACUAAGGCAGAUGGGACACCUAUGUACCGUAUCAAUUACCCCAAAGCCAAAGAAGGCGGCCACACAGUUUCCAAAGCGUUGACAGCUUGCACAUUCAAUUAUGUGAGAACACUCAUGGAAGAGACAAUGCAACUAGUGUCUGGAAAACAAAAGAUCCGGUCUACCAUCCCAGAACUGGAGGGAAAGCCACCAUUGUGCUCAGGAGUUGAUCGUCCAAGUAAAGCAGAGGCCAUUGAUCAGUUACAGGUACAUCGUCGAUUUUCAAAGGAGUAGAGAUGACAUUGUGAACAUUAACCUAUCUAUUCCUGGAAGGAAAGCUCUCAAACAAGUACCUGUGGCACCCUGUGAAUCCGACCUAUUUUUGGAACUAUUUUGCUCCUGUCAGGAUUCUAUGUACAUCUAUAUGUAAUGUUUGUAGAUUGAUGGAAAAUACAAGUGCUAAUGCAAAUUUAUAUCAUUUGACAUGAAAACAAUUAUGAGAAUUUAACGAAGGAAAAUAUGCCUAAGUCAAAUCUUUUGGGCCCACAGCCAUCUAUUUUUCUUUUUUACCUUUAAUUGGUAUAUUGCACAUUAUUUUCCAUAAUACAUGUAUGUUCUAUGGAAGGCUGAACCAUACAAAAUUACCUGUAUUUGAUAUCUGAUUCAUUGACAUCUUUAAAAUCAUAGUCUUUACAGUGUUCCUUUGCAAUAUACAUUUACACUGUAUGUGUACAUAUUGACAUUGUUUUGACACAUUAUGGCUUGACAUUGAAGCUGGAGUUAAUCUUUGAAUAAGUAUUGAUGCAUUUCCUUUAACUUGCCAAAAUUAUACAAGUUGCAAUAAUACGAUAUGUUCAUUGAGAUUGACAUCAUUUAUAUUUUCAUUAUGGAAGGAUUUACUUGUAGUUAUUACCAAAUAGUGGGCUUCAUAAAGAAUUUGGCUGUCCUUCCUAAUUCUUGUUUGAUGAAAUAAGUUUGUGGUGAGCUGCCUGAUGUAUGUUCAUUGCAAGAUGAUCAUAACUUGACUUUUGCCAUCUUUGCAGUGUCGUUCUGCAUCGUUUAUAUAAAUUGUCAUUUCAAGUUGGAGCUUGAUGCAAUUGAAACUGGAGUUUAUCUUCAAAUGGUAUGAACAUGUUUAAAAAUGACAAUUCCCUCUAACUUGCCAGAAAAGUCUUACUCAUGUUGCAAUAAUAUGAUAUAUAUUCAGUGAAAACUCAUUUAUAUUUUUAUCAUAGUAUUUAAUUAGCUAUUGCCAAAUGAAUGAUAAGGGUCUACAAUCAUGUAUGCAUUAGCUGCUAUUUUUCCACCUUGUUUGUAAGAUGACUUAUGCUUUAUAUUUUUAAAAGAUUGUCAGAGUUUUUGAAGUGAUAAAGUUCUGAAUCAUUACUGCACUAACUAUCUCCAGUGGUGAAAACAGAUGUUUGUCAUUAUAUGCAUUUUAUUUGUAAUUUGAUGAUUAUGUUUAGACAAAAAGGGGAGUUUUUGGAAGAAAGGUCUCCAGAUUUUGUUUCUCAAGUCAGUUUGAUGGUACAUUUGUUAAUUUUUUGUUGAAGGUGGAAUACUGAUUGUUCGAUAUAAACACUUUUUUUUCUAGACUUAGAGCAGUAUUUAGACUAGUAGAUUUACACUAUGUACAUGUAUGUUUAUAUAAAGAUUAUCUGAUUCAAUGGACUCUGAAGUUUAUUCUUAUGCUUUAUUAGGAAGCAGUAAGUACUAUUCAUCUCAAGAUCUGAACCUUAUCAGAAAGUAUGCUUAGAAACUUUUGAUGUUUUAGUUUUUUGUUUGUAUUAUAUGUAAAAAGAAUUAUGUUAGGUGUACUUCAUUAGAUGCUUGGUUCUUUUCAACACCAUUGCUUUACUUGUACUUCUCAACCUCAAUAACUUGACAGGAAUUGUCGAGAUGUUGGAUUAGUUGAAAAAAAAUGUAGGGAUUAUAAAAAAAGUUGUUUGACAGUAUGCUUGGUACUUUUCAACACUUUUAUUGUACGUGUAUAUGUACUCAUCAAUUUUAUUUGCAUUAUUACAGGCCUUGUUUUGCAUUAACAAAAGUAUGCUAGUUAGUACUUGCAGUGGCAGAUCCAGGGGGGGGGGGGGGCUUCUGAUCAGUGCCCUCCUUUGGAGAGUCAAUAUUUUCAAUGUGUAUAAUAAUUAUUUCGUUUCUUUUUCUCGUCAAAUUUUCCUUGGGUAAAAUGUGCCCCCUUUUUGGAAAAUCCGGGGUCUGCCCCAAGUACUUGCAUACAUGCAUCUUGUGGUCAUCAAAAUUCAUUGCUGUACAAUUACUUUUCAGUGUUAGUAUCUAUAUCAAAAAAAUGUUCAUAGCCUUUGGAAAAGAAGUUGGUUUCUUUUCAGUCUGUUCUUUUUCUAUAUUGAUGAUUUGAUAUUACAUUUGUUUUGACCAAGACUUACAUAUAUAUUUUGUUUUCAUAGCCAAUAAAAAGUUGUGCAUUUAGAGAAACACAUCUG